AGUUGUUUUCGUUUCUGAUUGGUUGAUUCGGAAGACGGGAGUUGAGAAAACAAAAAUGGAGGCUACUCCUGUGUUUGUGCUUGUCUGUUAGAGGCGACCUUGUCACGCCUAUUGAGAAACAAUGUUCUUGGUAACGCUGACCGUUUCCUUUGGAACCAGUGAUGUCGUUUCUCUAAAUUGCCAAACCCGACCGAAAGUUCUUCGCUUCUCAUCGGUGCCAAAUACAUGAGUGUUGCUUUUAACAAAACCUUUCUUCUCUCACUUUGAGCAUUCCCCCCUAAAACCUUUGUAAUUAUAAAACUUACAUUAUUGUAUUUAUUAUUAUUAUUUUCUAAUGAUAAUAUAGUAAUAUAUCUGUUGUUUUGUGUUUAAAUAUUUCUAUUUGUGGAAGUUUGGUUAGAACAAAAUAUAUUUUAAUACAUCGGGAAUACAAAAAAACAAGUCGACAGUACCUUAAUAUAUAAAGACCAUACUCACAGAGACAAAACCCCACAUCAUUCAAACUUUACUUUUUAAUUUGUUUAUCCAUAUCACACACAACUUAUAGAAACACACCAACACUUCGUGGGUACAGCGAUAUAACACGACAUGUAUAUAUUAAAAAAUGAAUAAUUAUAUAUGAUAGAUAAAACAUUUAAAGUUUAUAACAUUGCAGAGGGGAAAAUUUCGCUACUAAGACACACACCACACAUCUACCACUUUUACAUUCACAAAUUCGACUCUCUACCUUUUUUUAUUAUUUAAAUCUUUGUUACGUUCCAUUUAUUUUAUUUUUGUCUCAUUCUCAAGAAUGAACAGGAAAGAAAUAAAGAAGUGGAAUGAAUUGAAGAAAACUAGUAAGAGACAUCACUAGCCACAAAAAUACUAUUACAACUAAUUUUUACCGCUUUCACAGAAUUUCUCCGUCCACAUUCGGAUUCUUAUUUCUCUUCCUGUUUCCUCCUUUUUUCUAAGUCCAUCUUACAUCAUAUUUUUAUUAUGCCAUAGCCCUUUAAAUUCUUAUUGUAGCCUUUAUUAUUUUUUUAUACCUGAAUCUAGUCUCCUCUCCUGCUUUUCUUCCACACGAAUCUUCCUUCUGUCAAUCAGCUCUAAACCUUGCUGCACUCUACAACUCAUAUAUAUAUAUAUAUAUAUAUAUAUUUCUAUAAGUAUGUCGUGUGCUAAUUUUUCCCGUGUUUAUGGCUUCGCAGUGUAUUUGUAUUAAUGUAUAUGUUUAGGUAUUUCAAUUCUUUUAUUUUAACACCGAAAAAAGAAGACUAGAAGAACAAAAACACAAAAAUAAUCAGCACUCCCUUCCGGAAAUAGUUGUUAAAACAAAACGGACACACACACACUCUCUCUCUCACACACAUAUAUAAUAGACGUAUAAAUAGUAUUGGUGCAUAUGCACAAAUAGAUGCAUGUUUAUUAUAUAUACCCGCGUGUAUAAUAAUAUAUGCAUGCGUUUAUUUGUUCGCAGUGUUAGUGGUGGUGAGUUCUGUCCCCAUCCUCAGUUCGUAUCCGCUGUUUGAAACAGACACAAUGGCUUCUCCCCUCGGCAGCCAGUUUGCCGGCAACACAGUAUCGUCUCUGACUUCUGUCUCUCUCACACCUUCCCUGGGUUCAACCGGACAAGAAGUACUAAACAACAACGAUAGCAGUAAUUCUACAACAACAAUGAUCACCAACCGCGAGGAAGGAGAACAACCACAACAGCAGCAAUCUCACAACAAUUGUACAGACAUUACGUCCUCAGGACAUCAACAACCAGGCAUGGGCACCGAACCUGAUUCCACUGCUGGGUCUGAGGAUGACCAACCCAUCGUAGACAUUAUUAUCAACAACGUGGUGUGCAGUUUCAAUACUCGAUGUCACUUAAACCUCAAGAAGAUUGCCAUGGAGGGAAUGCACGUGGAGUAUAGGAGAGAGAAUGGCAGACAUGCAGGACGAACUUUUUCUGUUGUAGCUGUGGGCUAUGAACCAGAACUCCAUCCAGGUGUCACCUUCAAGAUCAAAAAUCUCAAGGCCACACUAAAGGUCUUUUCUACAGGCAGUAUCACCAUCACAGCUCCAUGUGUUGCGAAUGUCCAGGAAGCUAUUGAACAGGUCUAUCCAUUGGUGGCCGAAUUUAAGAUGGAGAAGCGGUCGACAAACACAUCAUCCAUCUACUCGGAUAACUUUUCUGAUAUGUAUCCAGUGGGGAGGGUGUCAUCCCCCAUUCAUAGCUUGCAGGCUGCAGGACUGAGUUCUUCAGAGGAGGAAUUUGAGAGUGAUGUCAGCCAAGACUGAAUCCAUCAACCGAAAGCCAAAGACAGGCAAAAGACAAAAAAAUAACAAACUCCUUUCAAAAAGAAAAUGCCCUACCAAAAAAAAAGACAAAAACAAAAUUUAUGAAUUACCAUAACAAAAUAUGAAAAAUAGAAAAGAUAAAAACUAACAAAACAACACAUAAACAGUUCUGUUGGAGCUUUGAUGUCAAGUAUGAACUGGAAAUUGUUGAGUUGAACUUGACAGAUGUAGUAGAAAUUGCCUCCACACCUUCCAUAAUUUCCCAACCAAUAUUGCAGUACUCAGUACUGGGUACCUCCUUGGCAUAGUGGAGGAGGAGGUAGUAUUGUGAUGAUAAUGUUGUUGUGAUGAUGAUGAUGGUGGUGGUGUUGUAGUGGUGGCUUCUCAUUUGGUUGGACAGUGUUCAACUCGGUUUAAAUUUUCAAGUGACUGUAGUGUAGAAACUGGUUUAAUUUUAGUUCUAAGGUGACUUAGUACCCACCUGGCAAUGGACAACAACAAUAAUAAUAAAGAGAAAAAUUUCAAAAGAAACUAGAAAACAAAAACACACUUUAAAGUUUGUUUUCAGUCCAUUGACCAUCGAUUCUAACCACAACCAGAGCCAGGUUAAGGUUUUGUAGGCCCUAGGCUUACCACUACUUCAAGGAAUAUUUUCAAUACUUUUUCAUGUAAUUUAUGGAGGCCCUAAAGCCAUGCCGUAAUCCAGCACUGAUUCCUUCCAUCAUCAUCAUGUUGUGUUGUUGCUGUUGUAACACUUGUCAUUGUGAUUGUUGUUGUGGUGUUGUUUCCUCAGGACUUGUUUGGCCAUUCGGACUGAGCUGUCAUCACCAAGAAAGGGUCAAUGAGGUGGGGCAAGAAUUACAGUGUUAGCCUACGAUGGGAACUCCUCCUCCUCUUGCACCCCACCAACCAUUGUCCCUCCCCCCCGCCAUUGUAAAUAAUUUUCAGUAAGUUCUUUGUCGCUCAAUUACUCUCAUGUGAUUGAUUUCACUGCAGCAGUUAGUGUGGAAGGGAAAGUGGGGUGUGAAACUGGAAUUCAACUAUAUGAAGUGUAAACUGCCAACUGGCAAUAAUAAUAAUCUUUGUCUAAGGCUGUCCACACCUACAUCACAACCAGAACACAACCAAUAUGAUUUAAUUGUAUCAGGUGGAGGCAGUGAGGUUUGAGACCACAUCACUGGGAUACAAUAUGGAAAGUAGUGCAGACUGGUUAAAAGCUAACCUCAUCCCUUUCUGUUUGCAUUAGAUUGACCAUGCCUCCAUUACAACCAAACUACAUUUGAACCACAUCAGACUUAACCCUAAUGCUAACUGUCAAACCACACAUGCAUCAUUAACCAAACCAAACUCUCAACAAACUACACCCCAAAUCAUAUGUAUCACUGAUGAAACCACACCCUCAGCAAACAGGUCACACACUCAAGCUACAUGUGCAUUACUAAGCAAGCCAUACCUACAACAAACACACUGUGCUCUAAACCACAUGCACAUCACCAAAUAGGCCACCCAACCAAACCACAUGCACAUCACCAAAUAGGCCACCCAACCAAAUCACAUGCACAUCAUCAAUGAAACCUCACCCACAACAAACUGGCCACAACUUCAAACCAACUUUUUAUUUAUUUAAAAAUAAAAUUUCUUGAGAUUUUGUAUGUUCACUUCCACACAUUGAAUGUGAUGAUUGAUGUUGGGUGCAGGGAGGAAACAGAGUGUUAGGCAGGGUUUGGAAUGCAGAUAUCCAGGUAGGUGUGUGUGUGUGUGUGUGUGUGUGUAGAAGGAAUCAGUGGAAGAAAAAUAAAAGUAAAGAAAAUAUGAACAAAACACUUGGUCAAUUUUGAUUAAAAAACAAAUAAACAAAAAGAAAAUGGUGUAGAUUUAAAAAGUGGAACAAAUUUUUUUGUUGCAGGUUAGUGUGGAUGUUAAAAUGCAUUUUAAUGUUGAAUAUUUUCUUCCUCUAUAAGUGAGGCAUGUAUGAGAGGAGACAUGUGUAUCUAAUAUUUCUUCCUUUCCCCUUUUCCUCUCUGCUCUGUUUCACUCCUCUCUUACAACAACUGCCACCAUUGCCACAUGGAUUAUCCUGUUUGCUUCAAGUGUUUUACAAUUCUGGGAAUCUCUCUCUUUUCAUGAGAUCACUUGGCUAUGAAUAUCAAAUGGAUACUUUCACAUGAACUGAGUAUUUGCUCUUCCAUUUUAUGCACUCCAAACUUUAUAUACUCUUAAUGAAAACAUGGGUGUCAGGCGGCUGGGUGGGUCACAACUUAUACUGGAUGUACCGCCACCACAACCAUCACAUUCUCUCAGUUGGUGUGAGGGUGUGGUAUAAACCACUCACCCUUGCCUAUGUGACCCUUUACAGCAGAAUCGUGAUUUAACUAAAACCUUACAUUCAGUGAAAUUAGUUCCUUUUUGUUUAGGUCAUUGGACUGUGGUUAUGCUGGGGCACUGCUGUGAAGGGUUUCUACUGACCCCAGUACAUUUUUCUUUAUUUUAAACUCUGGUACUUAUUCUACCGGUCUGUUUUGCAGGGGGAUUUAAACAAACCAGCAUCAAUUGUCAAGUGGUGGUUGGGACAAACCGAUAAACACAUACGACUGGCUUCCUUACAUAUUCUGCCUACCGAAUUCACUUGCAAGGCAUUGGUUGGUCCAGGGCUAUUUCUUACAACACAUUUGGUUAAAUUACUACACAGUGGAACUGAACCUGAAACCACAUGGUUGCAAAGCCUAAGCCAUCACCAUUUUGAUAUGUAUUUUCUCUAAUGUGGAAUUGUGUCGUCCAUGGCAGCACUGAGAAAAGAAAAACAGUUUAAAAAAAAAUAAAAGCAAAUUAUCUACAAAGGCUUCUCAGCUGUGACCAUCCCA